CAUGCCGCUAUCGGUGGCUUGGUCUGGAGCUAUUUGCUGUGAUCAGCGCUUUGACAACCUUUAUUUCCUUUAGCUGUUAUUAGUUGACAUUUGUUAGUUCAUACACCUAGGUACUCGCGUUGUAGCGCCAAAGUUUCAACACGAUGGCAGAUGCAAAUGGCGAUGGAGAUGUUAAAACUGGAGUUUCUGUUGCAGCCAAAGUGUCAUUUACAGAGCUUUGUGGGCUUCUAGAGAAAAUCUCGAGAACCCAGGGAAAUGAUAAAAAGAAAAGAGUACUAAGGGACUUUGUUGAGAAAUGGCGUGACUUUCACAACGAAACACAUGGUGAAAAUAAAGACACAACAGACUCCUUUUAUCCAGCCAUGAGACUUCUUCUGCCUCAUCUUGAAAAAGAACGUAUUGCGUAUGGAAUAAAAGAGCACAUGCUUGCUAAGCUGAUGAUUGAGGUUCUCUGUCUGGGCAAGGACAGCACGGAUGCCACCAGGCUGCUCAACUACAAAGCUCCAAAAACAGCACGAGCGGAUGCUGGAGAUUUCGCCAGUGUCGCAUACUUCGUGUUGAAGAACCGCUGUCCAGAACGAGGCACACUCACCAUACAGGAAGUGAAUGUAUGCCUUGAUGCCAUCGCCACCAACAACGCAGCAAAGAAGAAGGAGCUUGUGCGGAAGAAUAUCCUUCACCUGCUGAAGAACCUGUCUGCCCUGGAACAGAAGUGGUUAAUAAGGAUGAUCGUGAAGGAGCUGAAGGUCGGCCUGAGUCAGGCGUCAGUCUUCUCCAUCUACCAUCCCGACGCUGAGGAGUUCUACAACGUCAACAACAACCUGGAGAAGGUGUGUCGACUUCUACGCGACACCGCCGUCCGUGUUCAUGAGAUCGGCGUCACUGUCUUCUCCCCAUUUUCCCCCAUGCUGGGUGAGAGAGCUUCUCCUGAUAAGGUGGAGAAAUUGUUUGAGAACAAACCAUAUUUCAUUGAGACGAAGUUUGAUGGAGAACGGAUGUUGCUGCACAAGAAUGAAGACGAAUACAAGUACUUCUCCCGCAGUGGCAACGAGUACACUAAUGUGUUUGGCGCAACGCCGUUCGAUGGCAGUCUGACACCAUACAUAGCCAACUGCUUCAAGACAGAUGUCACCACCUGCAUCCUGGACGCCGAGAUGAUGGGGUACCAUUCUGCCUCCAAGACUUUUGGUACUAAAGCUGAGAAGUUUGACAUCAAGUCAAAGGACUUGGAGGAGACGAAGGGCUACCAGCCAUGUCUACACGUGUUUGACAUCCUGCUGUACAACAAGAAGGUGUUGACCAACCUGCCGCUUAGAGAGAGGCUGCAGUACAUAGACAAGGUCGUCAUCGAGGUGGAGGGGCGCAUCGUCAUCAGUCGCCACAAGGAGGGGCAUACCAACCAGGACUGUGCUGACGCCCUGAACGAGGCGAUCGACAACCAGGAGGAGGGCAUCAUGGUGAAGAACAUGGAGUCUGUGUACCGGCCCAGCACCAGGAAAGGAGGCUGGUUCAAGAUCAAGCCUGAGUACAUUGGGGGGCUGAUGGACGAGCUGGAUGUCCUCAUCAUCGGAGGCUACUUUGGUGUGGGGCAUCGUGGGGGAAUGAUGUCACACUUCCUGUGUGGGGUGGCGGUGCCUUCUGAGGAUGGAGGCGAACCUGAAAUAUUCCACUCCUUCUGCAAGGUGGGUUCGGGCUACUCCAAGAAACAAUUGAGUGAAUUCAACAAGAAGAUGGUCGACCACUGGCAGGUGUUUGACAAGAAGAACCCGCCAUCUUGCAUUGUCCUUGCGUCAGGGUUCAAGGAGAAGCCGGAUGCCUGGAUCAGCCCAGACAAGUCCUGUAUAGUGCAGAUCAAGGCCGCUGAGAUCAUCACCAGCGACCGCUUCAAGACAGGCAGCACGCUCCGGUUUCCCCGUGUUGAGAUGAUCCGAGAUGAUAAGCCCUGGUUUGAGAGUAUGACAGUAGCUGACAUAGAGGACCUUAAACAGAAAUCUGGUGGGAAGUUGACAGGUGCGAGGUUCGAGCUGGGGGAGGGGCCGGUGAAGAAGAAGAGGAAGGUUGUGACGAGGUAUGAGAAGCCCAAGCUGGCUGCCCAGUUCCGUGGAGUGGACGUGUCUGCCAUCACACAGGUGUCCCACCUGCUGGAGGGGAAAGAGUUCUGUGUCAUCAACGGCCCCUCGGACUUCACCAAACAUGACAUGGAGAAAAAGGUUGUCGAGUUCGGAGGGACAAUUGUACAGAACCCAGGUAGCAGCACGUUCUGUGUACUAGCUGACAAGGUAGCCGUCCGAGUGAACAACCUCAUCAGGAGAGACAUCUACGACAUUGUGAAAGUUGACUGGUUCCGUCGACUGGCCGAUGCACAGAGGUGGCUAGACUGGACCCCGGCAGACAUGAUCCACACGUCCCCGCGGACACACAAGCAGUUCCAGCUGGACUAUGAUGAGUUCGGGGACAGCUACACGACCGACACCACCGUGGAGCAACUCAACACAGUGUUUGACAAGAUGGAACAGGCCAAUGACAGCCACAUAGAAGCCACACAUAUAGCAGAGCUGGAGGAGAAGUACUUCCCAGAUGAGUCACCUCAUGGUCUCUUCAGGAUAUGCCGGAUGUACCUGGACAACUGCCUGGUGUUCGGAGACAGCUCCACUCUCAUCCCCAACUGUAGUCUGGAUCUUCUCACCCUGGAGCUUCGCUUCUUUGGAGCCACCCUGGACGCAAAGCUUGAUCCUGAGGUCUCCCAUGUCAUCGUAGAUAAAAAAGAUUUGAGUCGUCUCCCACAGCUGCGGGAGGUGAGGAAGCGCCGAACUCGUAAGUUCCACAUCGUUACAGAAGACUGGGUACGUGCAUGCAUGGAGGAAGGCGGCCUUGUCAAUGAACGCAGCUUUGAGCCUAAAGUCCCAUCAUGAGAACUGCCUUCAGCAACACAAGGCAGCCACACAAGAACCGUUCCAUACCACAAGGAUGAAGAUAAGAAGCUGAAUGAACUGUAUGAAGUGUAUAACCGACUUUUACCUUCUAUACAUCACGACUACAUCACAGAUUUGUAGACACAACGUUCCUUCAUCAACUGUGAAUACAUGUGGCUGCUAUGCCGCGAAGUGAUGUGUAUUUAUUUUUAGUGUGAUGGAGGAACAUAGUUUCUACAAACGUGUGAAGUAUUGACGAUGUCUUAAUUAUUGUCUCAGGGGUAUAUUGGCAGCUUGGAGUGUUGAUGUGAAGAGCACUCGUUGCAUAAUAUUCUGUAUCUUCAGGAAUAAGAAGAUUAACUUAAUUUUUUAUGAUUUGUUAUGUUUGUGUUAUACAGUCAUUAUGGUGUUGAUCUCCGAGGUUGAUGCUAAUGAACACGAUGAACAGUUUAGGUAUUACAGAUAGCUGUCAGAAUGACUGAACGGUUUGCGCACUGUUGUAGAGUAGCACCUGACUGUAUGCAGAAAGAUCGUGAAUAGUUCUAACCAUCAGUGUAAAUCAUGAGAAUGUUGGGGCGGUCAGGUAGCCUAGUGGGGGGGACUUACGGCUCAGAUGUCAUCAGCAGCAGUUACAGGCUGAAAUGUGACUUCAUGUUAAGCAAGCCUUACAAAGAUUUCGUUCUACAUUCUAAUAUAAGCUUCUGCAGUGAUGCAGUCAUCAAAUCAGCUGUUUCAAUCAGAGGGGGUUUAUUGUGAUUUGAUACCUCUGAUUGUUUAAUCAUAAUCAAGCAUUUACCAAAUUCAUGGUAGAUUUUAUGUCAAGACUCUUCGGUCACACAUGUAUGAAUCAAUGAAUGUUGCCAGGUAAGACACGGAUAUGUUGAACUCCUAUCCCAUGAUCCCCAGAUCACGUUUCUGCAAUACUGACUGAUGUGUCCAGUUCUUUUAUUAUACAGAUAGUGGUCAUUAUUUAUUAAUGUUUAUAUUUUUAUAUACAUGCAUAGCAGACCAUUUCGACUUUAGAAUUUGUACACUGAAUUCUUGUGUAUGACAAUAAACAUUGUAAAAG